CAAGUAACAUCUCUCUUGGAAGUUAAACACCACGAACUACCUACCAGCCAGCCUGUGGGAAUCUCAAUAUAGAGGAAUUAUAGCUUAUUUUAAAGCUUUUUUAUUUAUAAUAUAACACGUAAAGUUAUUUUAAUUUUUUGAUGAGUACUCUGGUUUAAAUUUUGGUAGUAUUUUCGGUGAAUGCAUAUUUUGCUUUCUUUUGAAAAUUCAGUAAAUAUUGGCUCAUAAAUUCUAAAAGUGGUGUUUGCAAUAUGUCCUCGAUUGACAGCCAUCAGGUCGCAUUUUCGCAACCAAAGUUAACUGAAACUUUACAAGUCCUGGUAGACCUAAAGGACCAGGAAGGUAAUCCCUUCGACGAUGUUUUCGAAGAACUUCCCUCUAAAAAGUACUUUCCGGACUACUAUCAAAUAAUUACCGAACCAAUUGCUUACAAAACAAUGCGAAGCAAGGCUCGCCAUGGUCAGUAUAUUUCCAUGGGAGAAUUCUAUGACGAUUUACGGCUUAUGGUGAACAAUGCUAAAACAUAUAAUGCACCAGGAAGUUUUGUUUAUGAGUGUGCAUUAUUGGUCGAAAAAUCUUUCACUGAAUUAGAAGCCAAACACUCUAGUCAACCUCCACCUAUGACAGACUCAAAGGCACCCAUCUCAGCUGAUGAGCAAGCCUCUGAAAAAAAUCCUGAAGUUUACCAGGUCAUAUCUAGCGUUAUGGAUGCUUUGAGGAAUGCUCAAGACUCAACUGGUAGAUAUCUAAUUGAUAUGUUUAUUGAUUUACCUAGCAAACGACUUUACCCGGAUUAUUACGAUAUUAUUAAAACGCCAAUGACGAUAAAAAUGAUGGAGAAACGCGUAAAGAAAAAUGAGUAUAGCUCAAUAAAGGAUUUCGAAAGUGAUUUAAACCAGAUGUAUCUAAAUGCACAAACAUACAAUGAAGCUGGAAGUUUUGUCUAUGAGGACUCGGUUGCUCUUUCAAAAAUUUCUGGCCCAAUUUUGGCAGUCAGUGAAUCUGAAGAAGCUCCAAAGGAUGUUGAGAGUAUCAAACAUGAAUCAUCGCCAAACCAGAGAAUGUCUUCCGCCGCUCCAUCUCUUGAGCCACAAACUCGAGAACCUUCCGUCGUUAGUGAUAACUUGCUGCAUGAAAAAUCUUCAAUGGAAGUAGAAAGUAAAGAGAACGUUACUGACGAAUUUCCUUCUCAAAUGUCAGCCGAUGUUGAACAGCAACCUUCGAAGCCUCGAGCCAUUGAUCAAAUCUGUCAAACUAACUACAGUGCAUUUGCCCUUAUGAAAUCUUUUCCUACACAGCCUGUUCCGGAUCUCUUAAACUCUACUCAUAAGUCAGUCUUAGGUAGGUCUGACUCUGUGUUUCCUAAUUUCCCUCAAACAAAAGUGAUUGAAAAUACGGCUGAUGUAGAACGUCUAUUCUAUUCAUUUUUCUUGUUUUCUCCUUCUCACACAUCGUUAUCCAAUCCUUUUUGUGGUUACAUUCCUUGUCCAUCUUCUAAUGCAUCAGAAAUAUCUGUUGUAAAUGUGGCACAACAGCAUGCUAUUAUGAAUGUUAUUACAAAUAUCAAUCCUAUUAUGUCUAUAAAAAACUAUAAUAUCUCGGUACUUCAUAACGGUAAACUACUUGGUCAACCUGUUGCCGCUCCUCCCCAAUUGUUACAGCUGGCCGGCCCAACGUACUGUAACAUUGAUUCAGUUAAUUAUGCUUUCGAUGUAAGAUUAGGACCGGGUAUGAAUUGUUUAGAAUUCAUAAUAGCAGCUACUGAGCCUAGUAAUAUUCAACCUGCUUCUGAAGAUAUAUCACAACCUCCUUUCACGGUCAUAGAGAAAGAACGAUUUGUACUUCUGCUCUAUUUACGUUGCUAGCAUUCUUUCAGAAAAUCAUCAUUCAAAAUAAACAUGCAAAUUUAUUUGUUUCCAUUCUGAUAUAACAUUUUAUUGUACAUUAUGAUGACGGAGAAAG